GCUUCUGAAAAAAGUGAGAAAAGCAAAACAAAAAUGUUCCCAUUUGAAAGUCAUUUGGAUUCUGAGCUGAGUGCAGAAGCAUUGAUUCACAAAGCCAGUAUCUACUACUAGCAAACUCUAAGAAGAAACCAAGUAUCAUUAAUCUGUGAGGAGUAGCAGAAAAAGCAGAAUUCCCUACUGUCAUAAUACAUCAUUGUUAAAUAUUGAAUGAAUAUAUCCGGAAUUCAUGCUUUAUAAGAAUUACGCUUUUGAGCCAGCUUACUGGUUUUGUCAGCAUUUGGCAUAACUUAUUGUAACGCCUCUCACAGUAAAAAGACUCUAUGGCUUCAGAGAUGAACCUAAUAGAACAUCCUCAGCUACCUCCAGGAGAUGGAUUUUCUCUUUCCGAAGGUCCUCAUUUAUUUGGUGUACUUCCAGAGCCAAUGACUUCCCCAUUGCAAGAUUCUGGUGUGUCACAUUAUUCCCAGUAUAACAACACUGUGCACUUUCCUUCAGCGCAGCCUCCAGGCUCUUCACCAUCUUAUUAUCCCAGCCUCAGCUUCUAUCCCCAACAGCCUGAUGAAUGGUACUCACCUGUAACCUAUGAGGUCAGAAAAAUACCCUCUGAAAACUUUUUCCCAAAGGAGCCUGACCUAGGAGGCAUGCCAGUUGCCAAGAAGUCUCGGAUGGGCCUUUCCUCAGGAAGAAUGAAAGGCGAGGAGCUGUGUGUUGUCUGUGGUGAUAAAGCCUCUGGGUACCAUUACAAUGCUCUUACUUGUGAAGGUUGCAAAGGUUUCUUCAGAAGAAGCAUCACCAAAAAUGCUGUAUACAAGUGUAAAAAUGGUGGGAACUGCGAGAUGGACAUGUAUAUGAGGAGAAAAUGCCAGAAGUGUCGUCUACAGAAGUGCAAAGAAGUAGGAAUGCUGGCUGAGUGUUUGUUAACAGAAAUACAGUGCAAGUCAAAACGGCUAAGAAAAAAUAUAUCUCAGCCUCUUCAUCAGACAGCUAGUGAAGAUACUGAGGGAUGUGACUCAAAGCAAGUGUCAUCCACAACCAGACUCUACAAGGAGAAAGUAGAACUAACCCCAGAACAGCAGAACCUUCUUCACUAUAUCAUGGAUUCAUAUAAUAAACAACGGAUUCCUCCUGAAGUUUCCAAAAAGUUGUUACAAGAAGAAUUCAGUGCUGAAGAAAACUUCCUUAUCUUAACAGAAAUGGCCACUAGUCAUGUACAAGUCCUUGUGGAAUUCACCAAACGAUUACCAGGCUUUCAAACCCUUGACCAUGAAGAUCAGAUUGCUUUGCUAAAGGGUUCUGCUGUGGAAGCCAUGUUCCUUCGGUCGGCUGAGAUCUUCAACAGGAAACUUCCUAUAGGGCAUGCAGACCUCCUGGAAGAAAGAAUUCGCAACAGUGGUAUCUCAGAUGAAUAUAUAACACCCAUGUUCCAUUUCUAUAAAAGUAUGGGAGAACUGAAGAUGACACAAGAAGAAUAUGCUCUACUCACAGCAAUAGUGAUUUUAUCUCCAGAUCGACAAUACAUACAGGACAGAGAAUCUGUGGAGAAACUUCAAGAGCCGCUGUUAGAAGUUCUGGAAAAAUACUGCAAGCUUUAUCACACGGAUAAUCCUCAACAUUUUGCAUGCCUCUUGGGUCGUCUCACAGAACUGCGGACUUUUAAUCACCAUCACGCAGAUAUGCUGAUGUCUUGGCGAGUUAACGAUCACAAGUUUACACCACUUCUUUGUGAAAUAUGGGAUGUGCAGUGAUAAAACAACUGGUUUCCUUCUAAUCCUAAGCAUGACUGCUUGGAAUGUAUGGAACCUACUCCACAUAAAUGUAUUCAGGAUUGAAUUCUUUGGUUUGUAUAUUAAAAAUAAUAAUAAUUGUAAACCACCGGAGCACAUGGAUUGUAAAUUUUCCUUAUUGGGCUUUAUAUUGCUUAAUAUUUACCAAAGUUGUGUAAGAAAGCCUUUGAAAAUACAUUGUUUAAGAAACUUUGACACAGGAAGCUGGAGUUAUCUGUCUUGGUUUUUAAACCUAUUGGACCAAAAACAAAUGUCUUCUGCAUGUCUGAAACAUUUCUUUUGAAAUUAUACUGGUUAUUAUCUCAAUGUCUUCCUUAAAAACGGUGAGAUGUCCAUGUUUGUUCACUGCAUUCUAUGUAUUCUAAAUAGUUCAUCUGUAGGCAAUGGUGUAGAUGUUAUAAGAAUUCAGUAAACAAUACUC